AUGGUUAGUCUGCUGGAUGUUAUUCAAAACCCCCUGUACACCACAGGGGUUAAUCUGCUGGAUGUUAUUCAGUAUACCCUGUACACCACUGUUAAUCUGCUGGAUGUUAUUCAUUAAAAACCCUGAAACCACAUGGUUAGUCUGCUGGAUGUUAUUCAGUAUACCCUGUACACCACAUGGUUAAUCUGCUGGAUGUUAUUCGUAUACCCUGUACACCCACAGGUUAAUCUGCUGGAUGUUAUUCAGUAUACCCUGUACACCACAGGGUUUUAUCUGCUGGAGGGUUAUUCAUAAUACCCUUACACCACAUGGUUAAUCUGCUGGAUGUUAUUCAGUAUACCCUGUACACCCACAUGGUUAAUCUGCUGGAUGUUAUUCAGUAUACCCUGUACACCACAUGGUUAAUCUGCAGGAUGUUAUUCAUAUACCCCUGUACACCCAUGGUUAAUCUGCGGAUGUUAUUCAGUAUACCCUGAACACCACAUGGUUAAUCUGCUGGAUGUUAUUCAUAUCCCUGAACACCACAUGGUUAAUCUGCUGGAUGUUAUUCAGUAUACCCUGUACACCACAUGGUUAAUCUGCUGGAUGUUAUUCCCAGUAUACCCUGUACACCACAUGGUUAAUCUGUUUGAUGUUAUUCAGUAAAACCCUGUACACCACAUGGUUAAUCUGCGGGAUUUAUUCAGUAAAACCCUGAACACCACAUGGUUAAUCUGCUGGAUGUUAUUCAGUAUACCCUGUACACCACAUGGUUAAUCUGCAGGAUGUUAUUCAGUAUACCCUGUACACCACAGGUUAAUCUGCUGGAUGUUAUUCGUAUACCCUUACACACCACAGGGUUUUAACUGCUGGGUGUUAUUCAGUAUACCCGUACACCACAUGGUUAAUCUGCAGGAUUUAUUCAGUAAAAACCCUGUACACCACAUGGUUAAUCUGCUGGAUGUUAUUCAGUAUAACCCUGUACACCACAUGGUUAAUCGCUGGAUGUUAUUCAGUAACCCUGUACCCCACAUGGUUAAUCUGCUGGAUGUUAUUCAGUAUACCCUGUCCACCACAUGGUUAAUCUGCUGGAUGUAUUCAGUAUACCCUGUACACCACAUGGUCAAUCUGCUGGAUGUUUAAUUCAGGGAUACCCUGUACACCACAUGGUUAAUCUGCUGGAUGUUUAUUCAGUAUAGCCCUGUACAACACCACAUGGUCAAUCGCUGGAUGUACAGGCCCAGUCACACUGUGCUGCCGCUUUCCUGCUCUGAAGCCUUUACCCCCGAGGCUCCACCAUGUUUCACUUUAUUAACUAGACUUCUAGAGUUCAACUAUUAACGUUCAAGUUCCCUCUCUCCCUUUUCCCUUCACAGGAGGUUUCCCAAGCAUUCCUAGAGAGCCAGGUAUUCCCAACCCCACCACAGAUACAGUAACAUUCAGGCUACAGCCCAAACUACACCCUAUUCCCUACAUAGUGCACUACUUUUGACCAGAGCCUAUUUGACCUAUGUGCCCUAGUCAAAAGUAGUGCACUAUAUAUGGAAUAGGAGGCCAUUUGGGACGUAGCCAGAGACAUUGGCCAAAGCCAGACACAUAGGAUCACAUUAACUCAGUGACCCUCUGAUCAGUGAGGGUGGUGGUGGGAAACAUUACAGGUGGAAAUACAGGUUGCCUCUAACUGCUGAUCUGGGGUCAGAUAUUGUGUGCUCCCAAAUGACACACUAUUGCCUAUAUAGUGCACUACUUUGACCAGGGCCCCUUGGGGUCAUUUGGGAUGUAUCUAUAUGGUUAUACCGUAUAAUAUCCUGGGAGGUACAGUUAGUUAUCUGAUCCUAGAUCUGUGGUUAAGAGGACAACUUCUACCUCAAGCACUGGCUAACCUAGUCUCUUCUCUCUCUCUAUCUCCUUCUCUUCCUCCCCCUACCUCUCUCCUCCCCUCCUCUCCCCCCUCCCCUCCUCCCCUCCCCCCUCCCCCCUCCUCUCCCCCUCUCUCCCCUCCUCUCCCCCUCCCUCCCCUCCUCUCCUCCCUCACUCUCUCCUCCCCUCCUCUCCCCCCUCCCCUCCCCUCCCUCCCCCCCCUCUCCCUCCCUUCCUCCCUACCCCCCCCUCCUUCCCCCUCCCUCCUCCUCCCCCUCCCCUCUCUCCCGCCUACCUCUCUCCUACCCUCCCUCCCCCCUCUCCCCCUCUAUCACCUCCUCUCCACCCUCCCUCCCCUCAUCUCCCCCUCCCUCCCCUCCGUCUCCCCCUAUCCCCCCUCCCUCCCUCUCCCCCCUCUCUCCCCCCUACUCUCAUCCUCCCUCAUCUCCCCCUACCUCUCCUCCCCCUCUCCCACCUCCCUCUCCCUCCCAUCCUCUCCCUCCUCCCCUCCUUUCCCCCCCCUCCCUCCUAUCCCUCCUCCCUCUCCCUCCAGGUGGACAGUGCUAUGUCUCUGAUCCAGGCAGCUAAGAACCUGAUGAACACGGUGGUGUCCACGGUCAAGGCUAGCUACGUGGCCUCCACUAAGUACCAGAAGUCCAUGGCCAUGCAGUCCCUGAACAUGCCUGCUAUCUCCUGGAAGAUGAAAGCCCCAGAGAAGAAACCCCUGGUCAAGAGAGAGAAACAGGAAGAUGGAUCCAACAACAAGGUAACGGGAACCAUGAUGUUAAAGCUGAGAUCCUCUACAGGGGGGACGGCUCCACUGGUUCACCCCCAGGUGUUAUUGUUUUUGUUUUGUUUUUGAAAAGGAGGAUUGGAGCAUUCAGCAUCUUGGUAAAAACAAGAGUAUAAACUCUGCUGGUCUAUUGCACAUGCAAUGACAUCCGAGGGGGAAAAGUGUCCGUUGUUUGAAGUAACGUCUUUGUUGUAAUAUCGCAAACGGACGUGGCAGUUUCACCGCUAAGGAUUCCCAGCAUCACUUGUAUAAUCCCCUGCGUAGUUCCCUGUUGGUGUCCAGGACACAGGUUCAACAUAGUCCUGGACUAAAAAGCUUUCAAUCUCCAUGGAGAAUACCAGGACUUAAUCUGUGUCCGGGAAACCAGCCCUAUAUGUUUCUUCUGUAAAUUGCCAGUUUUUAAAAGUUUUUUUAUGGCCUGUAAGGAGAUUUAAUGACCCGAGAUACAUUUCUGUGAAAACAGAAUAAUAAAAAUGCUAUCUUCUCUUCUCUUAGGUCAAGAGGUCAUCCCAAAAGAAACACAUCAACCCUGUUCAGGCUCUCAGCGAGUUCAAAGCCAUGGAUAGCAUCUAG